AUGUGUAUAUAUACACUUGUGUCCACAGCAAAAUAACAAUCCGUUUUAAACUAUAAACUUUCACUUCAAAACUCGCACGGUCUUUAAGAUACACAAGUGACGUGAUUGCGUGUGUUACGAAAUAUUGGAAAUUUAUAUUACCGGAGAAAAAUACAGCAAAAUUAUCUGUUAAUUUUGAUUAUUAAUUUACAAGCAAUCAAAAAUGUUGUUUCAUUUUAAAUAGUUACAAAUAUUAAUCUUUAUAUUUAUUACAUAAUAUUUUAUUACAAGGAUCAAAGAUUGAAAAAGUUUAAGAAUUAAUGCAAAAAUAUGUUUAAAAUUUGACUUUGAAAUGUAACUUCUUAUCUUCAUCUUUCUAAUAUCAUUUUAAAAAAUAUUCCAUUAAAAAUAUAUGAUGACAGAAAAAGAGAGAUUAGCAAUUUUACAAAAUAGACUUAUUAGGUUUAAAACGAAUACCACUGAAACAAAUCAAGUGGAAAAUUUGACAAAUUCAGCACCUGAAUGUACAACUAAUACUCCAACGUUUGAUUCUGACACAAGGUUACCUCAACAUUCCAGAAUUUUGACCAAUUUAUCUUCCUCUGUUCAAAGAAGCUACACUGCAUUUAGUUCUCUAGUAAAUUUGCCAAGGCUUCAAAAUCAAACAAGAGCCAUUCUUAGUUCGACAAGUAAUUAUAAUGUUUAUGAUCAAACAAUGAACAAUAUUAUUAUGCGCAAUCAACAACCCACAAACUAUAAUCAUAGUCAUCAUCAUCAUCAUCAUCAUCAUCAUCAUCAUCAUCAUCAUCACCAUCAUCGUCAUACUAAAAAUGAUAAUUCUUUAAAUAAUAUGCAUGAAGCAACAAAUGAAGUGACAACAGAAGCAUACAAUAAUAUUAAUAAUAGAAGAGCUCAAAAUGGGCUCGAAAGAAGUCCGGAGACAGUAGAAUUACUAAAUCUGUUGCAAACAUAUUUCCCUUAUAUUUUAAUCCUUUUAGUUAAGGGCGCAUAUGAUCAACGAAUAGGAAUAAUUAAUAUUGCUUUAUUGCUCGUAACUUUCUUAUAUACCAAUAAUGAUCUUAAGAACGAAAUUGCCAAACAACAGAACAGAAGUUGGUUUUUUUUAUUAUUAAUUAUGUGCUUUAUAGCAGGUUGUUUAUUCGUCUUAAAUGUUAUUUUUGAUAUAAAUGUAUCUACGACUCAACCUCUUUCACUCUCAGAGCUUGUAUGGUCAGUAAUUGCAACAGAUUUUAUAAUAAAAUUGAUUACUGUUGCUUUUAAAGUGAUUUUAACUUGUUUACCUAUAAGACUACUAGCGUGUCACAAACGUGGAAAAUAUUAUGUGAUGAUAGAAGUUACAUCUCAACUUUGUCGUCGUUUUGCACCAAUUCAACCAUGGAUAUAUUAUUUGAAUGAAGCAUAUCAAGGUCCAGAAAAAGUAGUAGGACUAGUCUUAACUGCAAUAUAUACUAUCAAUAAAAUAAAUAAUUUAAUAGAAUUUUCAAAAUUCUUUCUUAAAACAUUAUGGAGGUUUAUAGAGGAUGAGAGGUUAGGAUCAAAUCCAUCUGCAGAACAAUUAAUAAAUUCUGGUGGAAUAUGUGCAAUAUGUCGUGAAGAAUACAAAGUACCAAUUAUUCUAAAAUGUCAACAUAUUUUCUGCGAAAUUUGCGUGUUAACAUGGCUAUCUACGGGAAGAUUAUGUCCAAUGUGUCGUGCACCAAUUACAGAUGAUGCAAUUUACCAUAACGGUCAUACAACAUUGUUUGUUCAAUUGUACUGAAUAAUGGAUUGUUAUAUAAAUUACAAGAUCAAA